AUGUUCUUCGUUUUCUUUCUUACUGUACUCAUAUCUGCCCAAAGUAACGAACUCUCUUGUAAAUGUAAUUCUACUUCUACGGUCGGGGAUUACUGUAAUGCAAAGGUAGACAAAAGAAAAAAUUUUUGAUAAAUAAAAAGUUACAGCAUGAUGAAACGGGUAAAUUAUUGGUUUUUGAUGAAUGCAAAUGUAAAGACGGCUAUAGUAAUCUGCAGAAAAAGGUGUAUGAUAAUCGGGUUUAUGUGUUCUGUGAGGAUUCCAAUAAAACUUCCAUCAGAUGUUUCUGUGAUAACAAAUCUGCAUUCAGCAAUGGAAAUAUCUGCCUGGCCGAUGUAAGAAAAUAACUUUUGCAGUUAAAAAACGGCCAAAAAAUAAUGAAAUAAAUUAUUUUUUUAGGUAACGCCCUCAGGCAUUAUAAAAUACAAGUCUGGUUGCAAAUGUUCUCAUCCUCUGGCUUCUCCCAGUGUAAUUCCCGAGUUCUUUUACAGUAAAAUAAUGGUGGUGCAUUGUAUUUGGAGCAGAAAGGAGACCAUCUUCGCCGACUCCAACAUGUUAGUCAUUUCCGCUUUAAUGAUCUUUGUCCUUUUAUUUCUGCUACAGUAA